UGUGCAAAUGGAGAUUUCUGGACCGUAUAUGCUUGCCGUUUAAUGAAGCACAACAAGUCAAGUACAAGAAAAGAUGGUAUAUCUGCAAAUAAGAGAAGAAAUACUAGUAUACGUAUUGAAGGUAUAUGUGAAGCAAAAAUCAAGAUCACGCAUAUAAUUGCGACCCAAACUGUUCGAAUUGAAUAUUUCAAGAAUACACCUCACCAUAGUCAUCUAAUCGAAGAUAGUGAUUUGAUUAAAACGCCAGAAGUAAUUUGGCAAAUAGUAGCCCAAGAGGCAAGUAAACCCUACGCACCAAUAAGCAUUGUCAUGACUGUUAAAGAACUUGCCCAAAAAAGCAAUCUUGGUGCGCUUGCUCAAUACUUAACUCGGAAAGACGUUGCUAAUAUUCAACAAAAGCAGCGGAAGCAACAAAAUACCUGUUCUUCUGGUGAUAAUAAUUUUGAAAAUGAAUUUCAACGUGCACUCG